UCCACGCUAUGGAGUCUCUGGCUGAGAAGUCUCCGAUUGUUACCCAAGAGCGGGAAAACAAGACUGAGGACAAGCAAGUGAUAAAGAAGAAAAAAGGUUUUUUGAGAGUGUUUUUCAUCCAGCUCUCGCACUUUGGCCCGCUGAAAUUUGUGGCGAGCGUGCUGCGUAAUCUGUCGUGGUUGGCGGGUCUCUCAUGUCCGGUGGAGGAUCUGGGCGCAGCCGAAGCCCACACACCGGCCCUCAUUCGGCACUGUCGCACCGGGAAGAAGCGGCUGCGCAGAGUCACGCGUGUGCUGCUCUCUUACAUCCCCUACCGGCUACAGAGUGCGCUCGGCUACCCUGUCCCCAGCAGCAUCGGCAAGACGGCCGUCUCUGAAGAAGUGCGCUGCUCUCCUACCAAGCCCUCUGGGAAAGGUAACAAGCGUAAACAGGAAGAUGUGGAUGAGGAGGAGCACCAGUCCUGGGUGGAGGCCCUGAACCAGGAGUUGGGGGAUGAGGACAGCGAGGGGGAUCCCACUUACGCGCCGAGCAGUGACGGUGAGAGUGAUAGCGAGGAGAACAGGACUCACAAUGACACAGAGAGUGACAUAGAGGAGGUGGCGGAAGAGGGCAAAGCCAUUAUCAAAGAGUUGGAUGCAGCUAAGGCGGCAUCCACUGAGGGUGGUUCUACUGGGAUACAGAACAGAGAGCACUCAGAGCAGCAAUUGUGAUCAGGUGCAGCUAAUUACAUUUCUAUGUCUUCGCUUUCAUUUAAGUACGUUUUCAUGACAUUAGACAAAUCCCAGAGGAGCAGUUUUUUUUUUUUUUUUUAAAUGUUAGAUGUGGGAAUAGUGUGUUUUUAUAUAAUGUUGAAAAAGAGGGACUUUCAACCAUCCAAGAAGAUGUAACUGGUAUUCUACUUUUAUUGGCUCGGACAACAUUCCAAAAGCACCCAUACCCCCACCAAAUUAAAUUAUGUCCUCCCCCCCAGAUUAUAGGAGCUGUGCCUGACUGACUCCAUGUCCCCUGUUCUGUUGCAUCCUGUCUGUUGUGCCUUGAAUUUGAUGUGAAGAGAAGCU